UCGAAUUUGAAUCAGCCUGUAUAGACCUGACAGGACUAUUACCGGAGAUCCAAAGUUUCAAGUACAUCCUAGCAUACAUCGACCGUUAUACCCUAUGACUGGAAGCCACACCCAUUAGAAGCAUCGAUGCUGAGACCGUCGCACGCGAAUUUGAGAACACGUGGAUUUCACGAUUCGGUGUACUGUCGAGUCACCACCGACCAAGGACGACAAUUCGAGGCAACUAUUUUCAGCCGAAUUCGGACCACAGCAUAUCACCUUCAAAGCGAACGACAGGGUGGAGCGACCCCAUCGACAAUGAAAGGCAUCCCUCCGUUGCCAAGAGAAACAAGGAUGGAUUCAACCACUUCCCAUGGUACUUCUGGGAAUAUGAAAUUCUGGGGGGGAGAGGGAUCACAGAUGGUGUACGGAAAAAUCCUUUGAUUCACCGGAUAAUUUCAAGCACCGUCAACGCAGACAACUUCGCUAGACCCGCAAACGUACGUGACACAGCUACGAAACUACACGCAGAGACUUUACACGACACCUCUACGCUCCAAGGCAGCAUCAAAUUACGAUGCGAAGAGGAAGCCUUUCAUCCUCAAGAAUGCAAACACAGGCAUCUAGGUAUACGUUAGAGUGGAUGCAGCGAAAAAGCCGUUACAGCCACCAUACGAAGGUCUGUAUCCGGUACUCGAACGGAUGGACAAGCUUGUCACCAUCCAGUAGAAAAUAACUACAUUGCCAUAAGAGGCAUUAUUGUCAUUGGGAACCAAAUGAAAUGAAUAGGUCAUGGUGUCGACCCAAUACGAAAAAUCUAAGCCCUCAUUGCCAACAAAAACAGUUAGGGGGUGCCUGCAUGUGUUGCAGGGUGGACGACGAGAGACAUAUUAUGCCUGACGAUUGGUCUAUUGGCCGCGAGGGUCCUAGAUCGAAACAAGAUGUGUAUCUUCAAUAAUAAAGAGCUGGCAACUAACGACUUUUACGUCAGCGGACAAUCGUAUGCGGGGAAGUACGUCCCAGCACUCGCGUAUACAAUCUUGAAGAAAGGGAACACAAGUACAAUUCGCUUAAAGGGCUUAGCAAUCGGAAGCGCCUAUUCGGAUCCAAUAAAUCAAUUCGUUUAUAGCGAUUAUCUCUUUCAAAUUGGUUUAAUCGACUCGAAAUCCAAACGGCAGAUGAGAGAAAUGGAGGAGAAAGCCAUCGAAUUAAUUUCAAAAAAGGAAUGGGUCGCAGCUGGAGACGUAUUCGCCGAUCUCAUUUACGAAGCUCGAAAUAACACCUUCUUUCAGAAUGUCACUGGGUUUACAGAGCCGAUAAAUUAUUUAAAACUUAAUGAUAAAUCUUUGAACGAUUACAUCGCCUACAUACAACGAGCUGACGUGAGAAGGGCUAUACACGUUGGCAACGCCACCUUCCACGAUGCCGUUACGGUCGACAAGCACCUAGCGGAGGAUUUCAUUCAGUCGGUUUCCCCUUGGAUAUCCGAAUUGCUAAGCAACUAUAGAAUGAUGUUUUACAACGGUCAAGUGGACAUUAUAGUUCCGUAUCCAUCCGUCACCAAUUUCCUGGAGAAGCUCAACUUUUCUAGCGUUGACGAAUACAAAAAUAACGACAGACACUUUUGGUACGUUAACGGCGAUUUGGCGGGAUACGUUAAGCAAGCUGGGAAUUUAACGGAAGUGUUAGUUAGAAAAGCGGGCCACAUGAUUCCGCGUGAUCAACCCGAAUGGGCGCUCGAUUUGAUGACUAAAUUUGUCUACAAUCAAUUUCAAUAAAUGCAAUGAAUGUAAUGUUUAGAAAAAUAAACUGCAUUAUUUUAGUGAAA